AUCACAAUAGGCUAAUUCCAAAUUGACUAGCAAGUUACUAUACACAAAAUGGCCAAUAGAACAGAAUCAAUUCCUCAUCACUACUAUCCCUCGACAAUACAGUUACCGCAUUACACAACAAACGAAACCCCAGUAUUAUCACUGAUUGCUCAAUUCGGGUUCCUCUGGGCUGCGGUACUUGGGAUCGCUUUACUCAUAAUCCGCCGUACGCGACCUACUGCAAGUCGAUCAGACCAGGUAGCAUUCAUUUGGAUGUGCUUGACGGGAUUCAUUCAUCUGUUCUUCGAAGCCUACUUUGUUAUCAACCACAAGAUCCUCGCCGGCUCGCAGGAACUAUUCGGCCAGCUAUGGAAGGAAUACUCCCUUUCUGACUCCCGAUAUCUGACUUCGGACUCAUUCCUUGUCUCCAUGGAGGCAGUCACCGCCUUCUUCUGGGGCCCUCUCGCAUUCUUCAUCGCAUACUGCAUCGCCACCCAGCAUCCCGCUCGCCAUGCUCUGCAGCUCAUCAUGUCGCUGGGACAAGUCUACGGGGAUGUUCUGUACUAUGCCACGAGCUUGUUCGACCACUACUUCCAUGGGGUCUUGUUCUGCCGGCCGGAAGGCUAUUACUUCUGGUUCUACUACUUCUUCUUCAAUUUCAUCUGGAUGGUCGUAGGCUCCUACUACGCGUAUCAAAGUGCCGUGGCAAUCACGCGUGCUUUCAGGAAGCUGGGUGAAGUUGAGCGGGGGCGGAAAGGGAUUUGAGUCUGCAUCAACAUUAGCAUGAAAGUAUCUGAUCAAGCAGUGCAUAGGCGAGAUCCGGCUCAGGUCAUCGGAGAGAAUCGCGCAAGGAUCAAGUGAUGGUAUUAUGCACUGCGAUGCUUUGACAAAGCUCUAGGUGAUGACUGCCUCUCUAGGAUUGCUUGCAUAUUCUUGCUUUUUUUUUCUUUGAUCACUAGAUCUUUUCUCCGCAAUAAUGAUUGAGGAUAACUGAAGCGUCACGGACUUUCUGCUUCUUAGUCUCAAACCCUGCACAGCAG